AUGCACGCAAUCCAAACCCAUGCACGGACCGACAGAAACGUAAGGAAAAUAUUCGGGAGAGACUCCAACAGCUUUCAAUUUGUACAGAUUUUGGUAACCCAGACUUCUGCUUCACAGCAAACAUGUACAUGUAGUGGCAAAAGCGAUGGGAAAUCUUGUCGUUUGUACAACGGAAAAGUGGUGUGCAUUUGCGACAAGGACCUCUAUCGCAAUGGAAUAGCAAAGCAGUUUCGACUCCUUUGCCCUGGCUGGAAACUGAAAUAUAAUAAAAGCUUGCAUUGUCAGCUUCAUAAGAAUGUGAUGGGUGGCUGGUGGAGUAGCUAUCACGAAAAUUGUUACAUGACUUGGAUAACAUACCACGACCACAAACAUUUGCCCGCUUCUGUUCUUGUCAGAUUAUUCGAGUAUCGAGAAGUAGAUAUGUGUCUGGAAAACAUGCGCAAACGUCUGCGCAUAUGCGCAAUUUCGUUGAUUACCCCAUAA